AUGAGGUUCUCGUUUGCAUCUACUCUCGUAGUGACGCUUGCUGCUUCGGCAUCGGCCAACAGCUGGUUUGGAAGUGCUGUCUACGACAAAUGGCAUGAGACGGAGCUUGAGCGUUGGCUCAGUGACCACGGCAUUCCCCACCCCAGCCCUUCUGACCGCAAGAGCCUCCAAUCCACCGUCAAGGCCAACUGGAACGACAAGACUGUUUCUCCCUACACUAGCUGGGACGCACCUACGCUCCAGAAGUACCUGAGCCUCAAGGGCCAACAGGCCAAGAAGGGCACCGAGAAGGACGCAAAGAGCCUCGUUGAGCAGGUCAAGCUGUACUGGACUGAGACUGAGGACUCUGCAAACCAGGCCUAUGGCAAUGUUAAGGACUGGAUCUUUGACACCUGGUCCGACUCUCAGCUUAAGGCUUUUGCCGACAAGCAUGGUAUCCCCGUUCCCCAGCCUCGCCAGCGUGACUCUCUUCUCGCUGCCGUCCGUGACAACUACCAGUCCGCUGCCGAGAAGGCCAAGGAGACCGCAAACUACCCUGGUGACUGGCUCUACGCUUCGUGGUCUGACUCUGAUCUCAAGGCCUGGUUUGACGAGCGUGGCUACCCUGUUCCCCAGCCCAACACCCGCGACUCCAUGAUUGCUGCCCUCCGCCGUCAGUCUCGCCUUGCUAGCCUGCAGUCCCAGGAUGCAUACGCCUCUGUCACUUCUGCCGCUGCCGCUGCUCAGCAGAGUCUCAGUGACGCUCUGCUCGACUCCUGGUCUGACAGCCAGAUCAAGGAGUGGGCCGACAAGAACGGUAUCAAGGUUCCCCAGGGCUCCAAGCGCAACGAGCUCCUUGCUCUCGCUCGCAAGCACCGUGCCCGCCUCUACGGUGACAGUGCUUCCGCCACUGCUGAGUCUCUUUCUGCCUCUGGUGCUUCCGCUUACGGCGCUGCUACCUCCAAGGCUAACAACGAAUACGCCUCCGCCACUGAUGGCUUUGCUUACUACACCAACUUGGUUAAGCAGCAAAUUGGUCUUGCCGGAGCUAGCGCUGCAUCUGCUACCGACGCCGCUGCUGCCAGUGCUGCUUCCGCUACUAACGCUGCUGGAGCCAGCGCCAGCUCCCUCAGCGGUGCUGCUGCCAAGUCCGCCUCUUCAUCCUCUUCCUCGCUCUCCAAGUCCGCUGCUAGCGCUUCCUCUGCUGCCUCCAAGUCUGCCAAGAGCGCAUCUUACGAGGCCGCCGCCAGCGCUUCUUCUGCCAAGCAAGAGUUGUAA